AUGCCUUGCGGGAAGGUAACCUUGCCACUUUCAGAAUCAAAACAUCAUGAUGUACAUUCAUGUGGUGGUGGUAUUGGUUCAGCAUCACACCCGAAAACUUCCAAAAAAUGGGUUAGCAGGAAAGUAAUUCAAAAACUCCGCGAUUGGCCUCUAUACAAAGCAGUGGAUAUACAAUGGGAUAUGCUAUGCGAUCAUGGCGUUCGGCUACCAUACAAACAAGCUUGGAGGGGUAAAGAAUUAGCUCGAGGGAUUCUACAGAUAUGUGAUAAAGCUAGCUAUGAUCUGUUGCUGUGGUACGCAAGUAAGGUAAUUGAAACCAAUCCCGGCAGCAUCGUUCUAAUUGAGAGAGAUGGGAGAUAUGGCGGUAUUCUAUUAGGAGCAACUGAGAAAGAUGGUAAUGAGGGGUUCUUUCACCUAGUAUUUACCAUCGUGGAUAAUGAGACAGAUAAUAAUUGGACAUGGUUCAUAUCGAAAUUGGGUGAUGCACUCUAUGGCGAUGACGAAUACCAUGAUAUUAUUACAUUCAUUUCAGAUCAGUCCAAGGGCCUUGUAAAUGUUGUUGCCAAGGUGUUUCCAUCUGCCCACAUGGUUAUUGCUUACUCCAUCUUCAGGACAACUUCCUUAAAUCAAAUAGCCAGUCGACGAUGGGGAGAGAUGUACUCAAAUGUUACUGAGUCGUUCAACUCCUGGAUCAGGGAAGCACAUCACUUGCCAAUAUGUAACAUGGUGGAUUCUAUCAGGUUCAAGAUGAUGAACAUGAUGUGCGAUCGAUAUGAGCAUUGCCAGAUGUGGGACACUUACCUUUACCCCACGAUCCACAAGAAGAUUGAGGACGUAGUUGAGGAGAGCAGGCUUUGGUCAUGGCAGGUUUAUGGUCUCCCUUGUAAGCAUGCGUGUGCUGCAAUCAUGCUGACAGAUACAAAUGUGCACCGUUUUAUUGAAAGAUACCACACCAUGAACUUAUUUCAAAAGGCUUAUACCAAUCAGAUUUUUCGUAUUCCAGAUCAUGAUAAACCAAGGGAUGACAACCGCGUGCUCCAACUUCGGCCACCCAUUGCCAAGAAAAGGCCAGGCAGGCCGAGACAUCGAAGGAUUGAGUCACAAGCAUUUGGGGUACGAGAAUUACGAUGCAGCCGAUGCCAACAGAUAGGCCAUAAUAGGGCUACUUGCAACGAGGUUAUCACGGACUGA